UUUAAUGCGCUGUAACUCACAAGUGUAGCCAAGCCCUAGAGUUUGUGUAAUGCUGACAGACCCCAGUCAUCGGCAGGUGGGAUCGGACUGGGACUGCUGGAGCUCAGUGCAUGAGCCUCUACCAGAUGAGCUAAAAGCCAACGGGCUAGUAGCUAAGGCUGUAGAGCAGACUCGUUUUUUAGCGCUCUCGCGACGUGGUCUCGGUGCCACUAGAUGGGACAGAACCCCACACCCAGAAGGAGUGUGGGUUACAUUUGCACUGGUGCAGCUGCACUAGUUGAAAAGAAAAGUGCAGGCAAGCCCUGAAACAAACUGCAGUGGAGAAUGGUAGCGCAGACUGACCCUGGGCUAUGCACCUGGAAGGCCCGAAUGCUCAUCCCAGCUCUGCCAUCAUGGCGGUGGGCAAGCUGCUUCACUUCUCUGAAUCUGGUCUGUAAAGAUAGCAGGACUCGCCUGCCUCAUGCAACUGCUGUGAGGAUUGAUCCCAUCACAGCUGCAAAGUGCUCUGAAGGUGUCAAGUACUCAGCCUGAGGACUGAGGUUAGGGUUUUGUCACGGUUAUUAGUUGUAAAAGUCAUGGACAGGUUGCGGGUAAUAAAGAAAAAUUAACGGAAGCCCAUGACCUGUCUGACUUUUACUCAAAGUUGUGGGAGGAGGGCCUGAUGGGGGGCUGCCUUAAGCCCAAGCAGGGAAGAGAGCCUGAACCCCACUGCAGGAGGUGUGGAGGGGUCUAGCACCCACCGCUGUGGUGGCUGACAGCUCUGGGACCCCUGCCCCAGUGUCUGGGAGCUCUGGGAGCCCCUCACCGCCCAUGGUCACUGAGAGCUCCAGGGCCCCCCACCAACUGACAGCUCUGGCCCUGCUGCCCUGGGGCUGAAGCCGACAAUGUCAGGGAGGUCUCUGAAAGUCACAGAAUCGUGACCUCUGUGACAUAAUCGUCUCCUUAAUUACUACUAGUCGGUUGGGGUGCGGUAGUGUAAUGAGGGAAAUGCAGGGCCAUUCCCUUGAUAGGAGCAAGUGGCAGAGGGAGCAUUGCAGGUGCUCAGGCGUUGGCUCAGACAUGCCUAACACAGUUCCUCCUGCAUUAAAAUGUACUGUGGAAAGCAAACGUGCUUCAGGAACCUAGUCAUCUUGGAGCCUGCACGGGGAAGGUGUGUCGCUGUGACCUGCAGGAGCUGGCUUCCUUUAAUAUAAGUCAGGAGUUCCCCUCCCAUAGAGCCUGAGCAUAAGCCACUGAAGUCAAGGGGAGUGUUCCCAUUGAUUUCAGUGGGCUGGUUCAGGCCCACGUUGCUCAGGGAUGCCCUCUGUUUUAAUUUUAUGGCCCAGUCCUGAUUUAAUUUCUUAUCCCCAUGCUGUCUUGUUGCACAGAGCCUCCUCCCACUGCUAGUUUGGUCGAGUCUACACUAGAAAAGAUUUGCUGAGGUAGCUAUACUGGCAAACCCUACCAGUGCAAACACAAUGUGUACCAAUAAAAGUAUUUUUGCCACUCUUAUUCCAGUUCCCCAAAUGAAAUAAGUGACAUGGCCAAAAGCAAUUUUAUGCCAAGAUAACAUCAUCUACACUAGGCCUUUUGCCAAUACAGAAAUGCUGUAAAAAAUUAUCACACCUCUCAUCCGACAUUCCUAUAACUAGCUAAAGUUUCUAGUGUCAACCUGGUUUUAGUCUAAGACACACCAUUGGAGAUUCGUAGUUUCAGUUGGCUACAGGAGUCCCUUUUGCUUUCUGUCCUAAGUUAUUGUUUAGCGUUGCUGGGUGCCGCUAAACUGCUAUCACAUUCCACCCCAGAGCUGGCUGCAUUUAAGUGGUGGAUUAAAUAGCUCCUGAACAGUGUGUAAUGCACUUUGGAUUAAAGAUUCUUUAGAAAUGUAAGUAGUUAUUAAUUAUAAAUAAUUAUCUUUGGAAUCUCACAUUUUGAACUUGACCAGUUUUGGGAGGAAUCAAUCUAAGCCCAUUUGCCACACACAAAUUUGGGGGAAAUCUUUCAGUAUCAGGUUUUGGUUUAACUCCCUAGACCUAGGCUUCUCCACUGUAGCCCCAUGAACCGCAUUCAAACAGUGUAACACAGUGUGUUCUCUAAGCUCAUUGUUUCUGAAUCGGUUAGUGUGUGGCAUUGUGCUGUUUCAGGACAUUUCAUAAUGUGUGAUAAACAUUCUUAGACCCUAUGUGGUCGUCAUUUUGUAAAAUAAUUCCCUUUUUUAAGCCAGUGUGAUGUCAUUAGGGUUGAUCAUAAAACAAAACUGCUGUAAUGUUCUACAGUAAUGUCCCCACAUGCUGCUGUAACACCCUUGUAAGCCAAAGUUGUAUUAAUGUAAGCAAAUCCAGUGUUCAUUCUGUAACCCAGAAAGGUUUGCAAAAAAAAAUCCGUUUUGCAACGAUUACUGUAAACCUCCCCAGACGCCUAUGGUGUGAUCUGUGAUGGUAAACUGGGGCGCUUGCGGACUUGUCUACUGAUACAUUCCUGGCGUCGGUUUUUAAGAAAGUGAAACCAUCAGUUUCACACCUCUGAGUCCUUCCUUUGGUAAUUAAAGUGGUGUGAAAACCUCAGUGCAAAAUGAACCUGUUGAAGUUCUGAGCAACUGAGAAGAGGGGUUAAAAUAAAAUUAUUUCUCAGUCACUGCAAGCAAAUGCUAAACUACUCAGGGACUUAACAUUGCACUUGCCCAGCAGCUGUUUGCUAUGUCCCCUCCUGUACCAGUGCCAUGCAAGCGAUGCCAGCCCAAGGAACCACUGCAAGCCGUAGGGCCCACUAUGUCCCAGAGCAGGGAGGCUAGAAUGGGCUGCAGUGUUCCCAGCUGGCACCUGUUGUGAAUGUUCCCAGGCCGCUCUAGCCUGGGUGGCAGUUAGUGAAACACCAGUACAAUGGGCACUGAACUCAGAUCUUGAUUCAAAUCAGAAUCUCCUGCAGAUGCUUAUCAGGGUUGUGGUACUAUUGUGUUUCCCUGUUAUGUGCCACUGUAUUUCCCAGGCCCCCUCAAGAUCAGAAAGGAAGGAUGCCAUCCUGGCCAGGGGUGUUGGAAAAGCUCCAAGCCCCAGCCGCCUUUGAGGGGUUUCAACUCCCCUUCCCAGGGGCUGGGUCUUAUUCUUGAAUGAACGACUGUUUUUCCUCUUCAGGGGUAUGUGGCUUUAGGGUGCAGGGCUAGAGAAACCAGUGCUUUGUAGGGUCCAGUACAGGUUGCAGGCACACGUCUUCAAAUCAGUGACCAGACCGAGGAGAAAAUGCCUCUCUCUGCGUUUUAGCCCACGAAAGCUUAUGCUCUAAUCAAUGUGUUAGUCUCUCCGGUGCCACAAGGACUCCUGUUCUUUGUGCGGAUACAGGCGAACCCGGCUGCUGCUCUGAAACCUCUCCAGGGUAAGCGACGUGCCCUGCAACCCUGUGCUGGCCCCUAACAGCCGGUCCUAGAGGGAAAGUGUCAGGAAGUAUGUUUGGAGCCGGCGCUCAGGACCCAGCAAGACCCCCACCAGCUCGGCUUUGCCGCUCCCGGCUCUCGCUUGUAUUCUGGUCAUACUUCCUUUUACUACUUCCUUCCUUCCUUGCCCUGCCGCUGAGACCUGCUCCCCGCCGCCCGGCGUGCCUCGGCACUAGCGUCUCUGCCCCGGGCGGCCCCGGCCCCGGCCCGUCCGACCCUCAACUCCGAGCUCGGGGGACUUGCAGCCGGGCCCGCCGGCCGGGGAGACCCAGCGGCGUGUGCGACUAGCCGGGCUCCGCUCUCCGCCACCUGUGCGGGGCAGGGGACGUCCCGCCGCGGGCCGGGCGGUGCAGCGACUCCUAGCUGGGGCAUUACGGUAACUGCGGAGGGGUCCCCGCCCGGGCGCCGCUUCCUCCAAUCGCGCGCGGCCGCCCCCGCCCCGCCGGCCCCAUGUGCAGAAAUAGCAGCGGAGCCGCGGCGGAGCCGCAAGUCUGUGUUGGAGCCGCUCGCCCCGGGGGCCGGCCGCGGACAGCACCCCCAGCCCGCCCGAGGGAGGGAGCCGCCCCGGAGCCCGGCCGUGCCCGGAGCGAUGCCCCGGCCCGGCGGGGGGACCCCAGAGCGCCCUGCCCGGCUCCUGGCUCCGUGAGCGGGGAGCGAUCGCGCAGCGCACUGGGUGGUGGCCCCGUGGAGGGGAAGCCCCAGCCGUGGCGCUGCCUCUCCAGGGCGCAGCAGAUGUUUCCCGGGGGCGUUGCUGAGCCCGGCCACAAGGGGACCAUGCCCUCCCGGCGGAGCCAGGGCCGAGCUGCGCCCACCGCCCACUGACGGGCCCCCUCCCUGGCGAACACCAUGGUAAGGGCUCCCAGACCUGGCCUGGACAGAGCCACCUCCACGUGAGCAUCCCGUGCCCUCAUGAUGAGCACAGCCUACAUCGUGCUGGAGCUGAUCAUUGCGGUGCUCGCCAUUGCCGGCAACGUCCUGGUGUGCUGGGCUGUGGCCAUCAACAGCACCCUGAAGAACGCCACCAACUACGUCCUGGUGUCGCUGGCCGUGGCCGACAUCGCCGUGGGCUUGCUGGCCAUCCCCUUCGCCAUCACCAUCAGCGUUGGCCUCGAAACGGAUUUCCACAGCUGCCUCUUCUUCGCCUGCUUCGUACUGGUGCUAACCCAGAGCUCCAUCUUCAGCCUGCUGGCCGUGGCCAUUGACAGGUACCUGGCCAUCAAGAUCCCGCUCAGAUACAAGAGCCUGGUGACCGGGAAACGGGCAAGAUGGCUCAUCGCCGUGCUCUGGCUCCUCUCCUUUGGGAUUGGACUGACCCCACUGAUGGGCUGGAACAGAGCCCCCGAUGAGCAGGAGAACAGUCGCUGCCAGAAUUCUACCAAUAGCUCGGCCAACCAGCAGGGCUGCUUAAUAAAAUGUCUCUUUGAGAACGUGGUCACCAUGAGCUAUAUGGUCUAUUUCAACUUCUUCGGCUGUGUGCUCCUCCCACUCUUCAUCAUGUUGGGCAUCUACAUCAAGAUCUUCACGGUGGCCUGCAAGCAGCUGCGGAAGAUGGAGUUGACGGGUAACUCCAGGACUACCCUCCAGAAGGAGGUCAAUGCGGCCAAGUCUCUGGCCAUCAUCGUGGGGCUCUUUGCCUUCUGCUGGCUGCCCCUGCACAUCCUGAACUGCAUCACCUACUUCCACCAGGACUUUGCCCACAACAAGCCCGAUUGGGUGAUGUACAUGGCUAUCAUCCUGUCCCAUGCCAACUCGGUCAUCAACCCCAUUAUCUAUGCCUACAAGAUCAGGGACUUCCGCUGCACCUUCCGCAAGAUCCUCACCAAGUACAUCCUCUGCAGGAUGGAGGACGUCCCCAAGGGCUCCAAUGGCAACAUCCGGCACCUGACUGUCAGCAAUCUCAACUCUGCUCCUGUAUUUAUCUGACCAUGCCUGUCAUCCUGCAGCCUGACCCUGACCAACCCAACCCUCCCCACUCCUUGUGCCUAUGUGGAGGGUGGACCAGGAUCCCGAUGAGUCCCACUAAAUAAUGUACAGCUCUAUUUUUUUUAAUUUUUUAUUUUAACAUAGUGCCUCGUAGGGGAAAACAUGGCUGGGGAGGCAGUGCCCUGCUUACCCUGUCUCCUGACCUUCGAGUUAUGGGGGGCUGGUGAUUGCAUUUCUUCCUAGGUCAAAGGUUGGAAGCCCUACGUCCUGGGGUAGGUUUCCCCAGCCAUGCUGCUCAUAUCAGUUCCUGGCCUUUGGGAUUUUAUUUAUUUAUUUUUAUUUUUGGCUCACUCAGAAGGAUUUUUUGUUGUUGGUUCAUUUUCUAUGUAUUUGAUGCCACUUUGGUAAAGACCCUAUUUUUUCCAUCAAUUGUUUGAUGCAGCUAGUAUUCUCCCAUGGGAAAUAAUCUUAUGUAGCCCAGUUGCUAGUGUAAAACUGAAGCCAUGACCCAGAGUCAGAGGGGUGGGCUGGUGUUAAUGAGGAAACAAGGCAGUUAAAUGGAGAUCCAGCCUCGUUCGUAAAAGGAUGCCCUGCUCGAAGACUGAUAGUUGAGAGGAGAUCUUGUGCUCACCCCCUUUCAUAGGACUGACUAUGCUCCAUGGAGCCUGGUAGCCCAUCUCUAGCAGUGAACACCUGCUGCUCUACCAAAAAGCCAAACCCUGCUGGUAUUCACAGUGAGGUUGCUUCAGUGGCCACUGACGUCAAUGAAAAGAUUCCAUUGAUUCAUGGGCUUUGGGGCAGAUCCCUAGAGGCUGGUCCUGUUACCCCUGAAGUCAAGGGCAAAGCUCAUGCUGCCUUCAAGAGGGCAGGAUCCAAGUGUGUGCUACUCUGUGCCCUCAGGAGCUGCAGCUCCUCUUGGCCUUGCACCUACCUGCUGUUCUGAUGACUGUCAGCCCGAGGGCCAUGCUGCAUUCCCAGUGCACUGUGGGGUGAGCUCAGGAUGUUGAGAAGUCUUUCUCCUAGCUUUGGGGGGUUAUGUCUGGUUAUCUGGAGGGGAUUUAAUUGGCCUGUGAAGUUAGAAUGCUGUCUUGCAAGCAACGGCCCCAUGGCACAGCCCAGCCCUUUGGAACAGGUGCUAACGGGAGAGCAAGGUUUGGUUCUUGGGGGGGGUUAGACUGGGUCGAAAAUUGCUACAACCACAGCCCUGGCUCAGGGGUUAAUUUGCACCGUCUUGGCCACUGACCGUUCUAUACUUCCACUGAAGGGCAGAGAUGCCCUAAUGUGCACUGCGGGUUAAUAACUCUCGGCCAGCCUAGCUUUUGGGGGUUUUAAAUGACUAAGUCCUAUUUAAUAUAUGAACUGGGUACACACAGGUGGGGAGAAUAAUGCAGCAUUUGCAUCAUUAUUCGCUCCAAAGGGGUUGACUGUGUUGAAGCUGUCAUUCAGGAUGCAAGGAGCAGCUAUGUGUACCUGGUAUGCCCUUUUGUUCUAAGGGGGCUCAGAAUUCCAGUAAAACUAGCCCCCUCCUCGCCCCACACGCCUACGGCUGCAAGUCUGGACGACACUGACACGGAGGGCAGAAAUGGCAAAAGGGCCGGAUUUCCUACCAGCCUCCAGCCUGGCCAUUAAAAAUGAUACCCAGUAACAGUGCUAAUGGAAAGAAGAAACUGGCUUGUUACAGGGCAAAACAACGGCUAGGUCUGCAAACUACAGGCUUAGGCUGCAACCCUCUUCUAUACUGGAACCGUAGGAGAAGGUUCUUAAAGUGCCAGUGAAGUGGCAAAUUUAAUCUCUGAGCCACUUGGCAUGUGAGCACCAGGGAGCUGUAGUUCAUGCCUGUGUAUUGAAUAGGGUCGCCGCUGGGCAGCUCUCACAUGCACAGCCCAUGCUCGGAGAAAGGGAUGGGGAUGCAGGUUCUCAGAGCUGCCCCUCUGGGGCCAGGUGGUGGGAAGGAGGAGCCAUUAACCUGAGUGAGAGCGAUGGAAGCCAAACCCCGCUCCUGCCACUCUUCGCAAGGCAGUCGCUGUGAAGAGGGCAGGUAGGGGAUGGCUAGAGCGGUCUGUCAUCGGUAAAUGUAACUUGAAUAACGCUCUAGCCAGCUUUCCAUUUCUUUUAGUUUAUGUUGCACUGCACUAAACGGAAUCAGAAAAAAUCCCCUCCUAUUUCUUACACUAAGCCUCUGAGCUGAUGGGGUCAAUGAGGGAGGUUGCUGUGGCUCAGCAGGUGUGAGACAGGGUGUUUGUGGGACCAAGGGCCUCUAACCAUCCAUUGCGCUAGGAGGCAAGGAGAUGGGUUAGCUGCCCUGUGGCUACAAAGGGCCAGAUCCAAACCUGAUUGAAUCCGAACUGUGAUUUCGAUGGUAUUGCACCUGCUGCCGUCAACUUAUAUCAGGUCCCAACUUUGGCUCCAGUCAGCCUGUUAAUCCUUCAGCUAGUAUCAAAAGGGUUAAAAUUAUGGCCCUGUGUCUUUCUCCUUCCCUUUGCAGCUCAUCUCUGGUGCAACUUCCUUGCUCCCAGUCCGUCCCACAGAUGUGACCACUUCCUGCCUUCUCAGCAGGACUCAUCUCAUUUCAAUCUCUCUAUUGUCUCUGGCCGCCUCGCUCCUGUUAAUCAUGGACGGGACCAGCCAGGGUCUCACCCGUGGGUCGGGGAGGGUUGCAAUCCACAUAUGUCAUUGCAACAAAAACCGAGUGCUGGCCUCCUUCUCCUUAAAACAAAUCGCAGUCUAGAGUGCAUGAGAGAGAGCACAAUGCACAGUACUAAAGCAGGGGCCCAGCAGUUAGUUAAUGACUGAUCAAGGAAUAGCUGUAGGUGACCUUUUACACUGCAAGCCAGGAUCCACUACACAUCCCUUCUGAGAUGCCUGUGAGGAGCCAGGGGACGUUUGCCAUGUGCUGUUGUCACUGUUUCCCUACCUGGGAUGUGCCACUGGCUUCUUUUAAUUUAUUAACUAAGUUGUUUGAAAGGAAAACAAAUGAGUGCUGAAGAUUUCUAAAAAUGUGAAUCCAAGUAAAAUGGCAGAGGAACACUCACCGCCCGUGUCUGGAGUUCUUCACAUGUCACUUAACCCAUGUGUUCCUGAUGUACAUAGGCUGGAUGGUAUUUGCCACUUGUUACUUGGGCUUUGUAGUUACAGUAACUUUGUUAUUUACAUACAGAACGAAUACUUAAAUUUACCACUGAAAACAA